UUGUGGGAACAUGGGAUGACGCUCGAGCUGGGGUUGUAAUGGCGACGAAUAUUGAGCAAAUUUUUCGUGAUUUUGUAAUGAAUAAAAUAAAAGAAAUAGAAGAUGAAGGUGACGAGAACAGUGUAACAGGUGACCAAGAGCAUUCCAAACCAGUAGAGGGUCUCCCCAGCUGUGCUGCAGGAACGGAAGGCGCCGGCCGGCUCCCGGAAGCAGGACCCGCAGAGGCUGCUGGCACACACACCGAUGCAAAUAAGGACGAGGUCAGCCGGGAAGCAAGCAGCACCCCACACAAGAAAAACAAGAAGCACAAGCGUCACAAGAACAAAAAGAAGAAGAAGAAACGAAAGGAGGGGAAGGAGAGCAACUCGGACUCUGCAUCAGAGUCUGAUGGAGAGGCACAGUCGAACUCAAAGAAGAAAAAGAAAAAGAAGAAACGCCGUAAAGAAGGAAAAGAAGGAAAGAAAUCCCGCUCACACUCACAUUCAGAUAGUUCAUCUGCAUCAGGGACUGAGUCUGAAUCAGAAAACAAAGUGUCUGUGGCUACCUCCAAGAACGACACGGAAAAGUCUCGAGGUGAGGAGGAAGGAAAUACACAAACACCUCAAGAAUUGCCUGAUAUCAUUCCAAAAGUUGACAGUGCAGCUCCAAAGACCAUGGACAGCUCCAGCGAAGACGUGACUGAAAAACCCAAAGACAAAAAGGAGAAGUCCAGGAAGAGCCGCAGUCGUUCACCAAGAACAAAAUCGUCUCGAAAAGAAAGUUCCAGAAGGUCCCGUUCUACGUCGAGAAACCGGCGAUCAAGGUCAGGGUCGAGAAGCAAAACGUCGAGUCACAGGCCGGGACGACACCGAUCCAAGUCGCCCUCUCCGAAACGGUCGUCCCCUAAAAGAUCAUCUCCGAAACGGUCACAGCGGAAGUCCAGGUCGCGAUCUCCCAAGCGACGGAGGUUGACUCCUCCUCGGCACGGUGGCAGGAGGUCGCGGACCAGAUCUCCAGUUUCGCGGCACAACAGGCGCUCGAGGUCUCCUCCUGCUCGCGAUCAGCGGCGGCGCUCGAGAUCACGCUCCAGGCGUAGGACUCGAUCUCCCAUCAGGCGGAGACGGACUCGGUCGAGGUCCGUCGUCAUACUGAGGAGCGACAGGCCGAGGAAUCAAAGGAGGCGACGGUCCAGGUCCAGGUCACGGUCCAAGUCUAAGUCCUACUCCCCACGGAGGUCAAGGUCUAGGUCACGGUCCAAGUCUUCAGGCAGGUCUCGUUCUCGGUCUCAUUCACCUCGUUCCAAGAAACGUACCAAAUCCCGAUCCAAAUCCAGAUCAAAAUCCCGAUCCAGGUCUAGGUCUCGGUCUUCUGAUAAGACUGCCGAAAAGCCCAAGACGGACUCCUCUGAGACUAAAGUCUCUUCUGAAACUCCCGAGAAGCCAGCAGCGGACCAGGGUGUCGGUGAUGAGAAUGCCACCGGCAGUACAGAACAAGGCAGCGCGGGUGCCACUGAUGCUCUCCCCAAAGGUGGGUGGAAGCCUGUGCCCCUCCUUGGGGUGCCUGCAACUGGAACAUCAGCCAGCACAGAGGAAUCUGCCCAGGAGCAAACGACAACCAUGGUGCCUUCAAGCGAGGAGGGUUCAGAUGAGAAACCCAACUCUGGAGAUCCCUCAUCAUCUCCAAUGGACUCCUCUGUGCCUGAAGAGGAUGCGGCUGAAAAAACGAACCCCGCUGAGAAAGACGGUGAAGAGACUGUCUCAAGGAAAGGCUCCAAGUCCCCAAGCAGUAAGAGACGUUCAACGUCCGGUUCUCCCGUCAAGAAACGCUCCUCCAGGUCAACCUCAAAGAAACGCAAGUCAAAGUCCAAAUCUCCAGCUAAGGAGAAGAAGUCUAGGUCUUCGUCGCGCAGUAGGAAGAAGAAAUCCCGAACACCCUCGCGAAAGAAGAAGUCCCGGUCUAAAUCCAGGACUCGAUCGAAGCGCUCCAAGUCCAGGUCGCCGAAAAGAAAAAGAUCCAAGUCCCGUUCGCCCGGGCGCCGUAGUAGGCGGUCCAGGUCUAGGUCCUCUGGCCGAAGGAGGUCGCGGUCUCGCUCGGGCUCCCGGCGAAGGAGGGGGUUCAACGCCCAGCGGUUCAGCGGCCGAGACAGGUGGAAACGGGAGCCGAGCCACUCGCCCGUGCUCAUCCUGCGGAAGAAGAGGUCCUCGUCACAGACAAGGCGCAGCUCCAGCAAGACGCCACCACGCCUCACUGAUCUGGACAAGGACCAGCUGCUAGAGAUCGCCAAGGCCAAUGCCGCAGCUAUGUGUGCCAAAGCCGGCAUGCCCAUCCCCGAGAGCCUUCGACCCAAAGCCAUCCAGCUACCCUUGCCGACGCCGCCCAACCAAGGGCCCCUCUCCUUGCCCUUACCCUUGCCGAUGCCUGGCAUGGGGAUGCCAGGCAUGGGCAUGCCACAGAUGCCCGGCAUGGGCGGUAUGCCCGGUAUGGGCGGUGGUAUGGGUGGUGGUAUGGGUGGUGGCAUGGGCGGUGGUAUGGGCGGAGGCAUGGGAGGAGGCAUGGGCGGGAUGAUGGGCGGCAUGGGAGGUGGUGGCAUGCCCGGCAUGGGCGGGAUGCCUGGGAUGGGUAUGCCAGGUAUGCCGCCGGGCAUGGGAAUGGGCCCCAUGAACGCGGCCAUGGCCAGCACCUUUGCGGCCACCAUGACGGCGGCCAUGAACAGCAUUGGUGUCCUGGCGCAGGCCAUGCAGCAGCCGUGCCAGCCGUACCCGCCGCUGCCCAGCAUCACCAACAAGCCGCCGCCGGCGCCCCCGACGCCCAACCUCACCCACAUCGAGGAGGCCAAGAAGAAGGUCACCAAGCAGGUCAACAGCAUCAGCAUCAAGGAGUUCACGGAGAAAUGCAAGAAGAUCUCGGAGAGCAAAGAGGAGAUGGCCAUUGCCAAGCCUCACGUGUCGGACGAUGAGGACGAGACCAAGGUGUUCGCCGGAGGAGGCCUCAAGGAGAGCAAGGGCAUCUCCUUCAGCCUCAAUAACGCCACGGUGAAGCCAGCGGCGCGUUCUGAGGCCUCGUACGCCAAGGAGUUCCCCGUGUCGUCGGGCUCGCAGCACCGCAAGAAGGAGGUGGACGGCGCGUACGGCGAGUGGAAGCCCGUGGAGAAGGGCAGCGAGAAGAACGGCAACGCCGCCAACGGUGCCAACGCUGCCGCAGCGGGCUCCUCUUCUGGCACCGCCGGUGGUGCUGCCGGGGCGGGCGGUGCAGGCGCAGCCAAUGGCGCAGGGUCCUCUGCAGCCGCUAGCGCGGAGGAACCGCCCAAAGUCAACGACAGCGUGUUUCCAGAGCCGCCCUCGCAGCCGGUGGACAUCACGACGGCCGUGAGCGAUCGAGCGGCGGCUCAGAAGCGACUGGCCGAGAACCCUUUCGACAUCGAAGCCAUGUGCAAGCUAAGCAGAGCACAGGAGCAGGUGGACGCGUGGGCCCAGUCGAACACCAUCCCGGGCCUAUUCACGGGCUCCACAGGGGCGCAGGUGCUAUCCUCGGAGGAGCUGUCCAAUAGCGGCCCGCAGGCCUGGAUCAAGAAGGACCAGUUCCUGCGUGCGGCUCCGGUGUCUGGUGGCAUGGGUGAGCUGCUGAUGAGGAAGAUGGGCUGGCGCUCGGGCGAGGGCCUGGGCAAGCACCGCGAGGGCACCGUCGAACCCAUCAUCAUCGACUUCAAGAUCGACCGCCGAGGUCUGGUGGCGGAAGGGGAGAAGACCCAGAAAGGUGGAGGUCUGGUUGUCAUGAAGGAUCUGAUGGGCAAGCACCCUGUGUCUGCCCUCAUUGAGCUGUGCAAUAAGAAGAAGUGGAUGGCUCCAGAUUUCAUCCUGGUGCACCACAGCGGCCCUGACCAUCGCAAGAACUUCCUCUUCAAGGUGGUGGUGAACGGCAAUGAGUACCAGCCCCAGGCGGCGAGCCCCAAUAAGAAGCACGCCAAGGCCAUGGCGGCCACGGUAGCCCUGCAGGCCAUGGGAGAGGUGUCUGGAGACAGCCUGCCCACCGGCCCCGUCUUCACCGCAGCCACCAGCACCUGAGCAUACACACACACACACACACACAUGCAUACAUACAUGCAUACGUGCACAUACGGCCACCUCACAUACGUGCAUACACACAUAAGCACAUACACAUGCACGCACACAGGAAUGGCUGUUAGUGCUGUCAAUUGGUGUGUGCCUCUGGUACACACACACAGACGCACACAUGCCACCCGCACUGCGUAGCACCGCGUACACACAAACACACGAUAUGUUAAUACUAUCUUAGCAGCUGCCCCCUUACCACUUUCCAUAUACACUCACACACAACUUGAAAUGCUCGGUUAGCAGCUGCACACACACACACACACACACACACACACACACACACACACACACACACACACACACACACACACACACACACACACACACACACAGCAUGCAGGUACACAACGGUGUACACUGAGUGAGGUGUGAAGGAAAAUCUUCCCUAAACAGUACCCCACUUCCCCACUCCUCAAUCAUACAGGACAUGAAAAACACACAUGGACAGUUGUUUGACUAUUAAAAGGAUCACACCAGGGCAGAGCUGACUGUGACAAUGCUAAGUUAAGGCCCAAACCUCCAGAAGAGUCAUUUCAAAACAGCAAAUCAUAUUUGCAUUCUGGCAAGCUUGUGUAUUUUCUUUUUUUUUUUACAGAAUUGUGAGUAUGUAUCCUUUUUGUUAAGCCUAGAGUUGUUUUUUUUGUCCUUUUUUUCCCCUCUACGCAACCCGGUCUCUGCCCCCCUUCCUCUCUCCUCCUCCUCCUCCUCCUCUUCGUUACCUUUUAAAGGCCUCAUUGUUGUUUUAAGGGAAGCAAAUUGUAAUUUUAGAUGCACAUAGCCAUUCUUUGAGGAGGCCAAGGCCUUUGUGUGAAUAAAUGGCAGGAAAAAAAUAAAAUCCCCAUGGUUCUA